AUGGCCAUCAAAGUGCCCCCCGGCCAGUCGCCGCCUUUCGAGACGAUAGACGACAAGCACCAUGCCGGUAUAAUUAUUAUCACCUCUGCAAUCUGCCUGGUGAUCUCCCUGGUCUGCUUGCUGAUCAGGGUGUACGUGCGGCUAUUUCUCAAUCCACCAUGGGGACCAGACGAUAUCAUCCUAUUGGGCGCGACGAUAUCUGCCAUUGUUGAGUCAAUCAUCAUCUUCCAUGCUUCGAGCAUCGGCUUCGGGACAGAUAUAUCGCUACUCACUGAGAAGGCCGUUGAUCGCAUACAAAAUUCCCUCCUUGGUGCCGACAUUCUCUACCUUUUGACUCUCUACCUCUCAAAAUGCUGCAUCAUCGCCAUCUACUUACGCUUGACGCCCCGCAAGCGCCACAAGAGCAUCCUCUGGAUGCCGUUCGGGCUCAGCACAGCGUGGAUCAUCGUCUCAGUGCUAGUUAUUGCAGUAAACUGCGAGGGAAACAAACCAUGGGUGAUACCUGGCGAGCAAUGUCAUAACCUGUUUCCCCGCUGGCAAGCAAUCGCAGCGCUCGAUAUCUCAACCGAAAUAUUAUUAUUCACCUUCUGCAUUGCCCUGGUAUGGGGUCUACAGAUGCAUAUUUCACAUAAAAUCGUGAUCAUGGUAUCCUUCGCAGCGAGAUUACCAUUAAUAAUAUUCUCUGGCCUUCACCUCUCCACCCUCAAAGAGUACACAACCAUCAAAAACCCCACUUUCACCGCAAUCCGCCAUACAAUCUUCACCCAGCUCCACCUCAACUUCGCCCUGGUAGCAUGCACAGUCUUCUGCCUACGUCCAUUUAUGAACGCCCUCACAACCCACUAUGGCACAGCCGGUGACUCCAACCUCGGUAGUAGCAGUGGCGGCUACGGGUACGGGUAUGGGUCCAGGAGACGGGGGGAUACAGACCCCUACGCGUCAGGGCGGUCGCGGGAUUACGAGAUGGGAACCGUGAAAGGAAGGCCUGGGCACCGGGCGAGUGGCUUGUUUAAGGAGAGGCCGAAUCUAGGCGACGGGACGGAGAACGGGACGGUUGUGUGUGAGGUUGCGGGACCAUCGCGUUCGGGGGAAGAGAGGUCCGAAGGGGAUAGGGGCAGUAUGCGCAGUGGAAGUGAUGGAAGUACGAAAAUGAUUAUUCGGAAGGAUGUGGAAUAUUCUGUUUCUGUGGGGCAUUCAUAG